AUGGGUGGGGUGAGGGCGGUCCGGCACGAUGGAGGGGGUAAGGCGUGCGCGGAGGGCGGCCACGAACCUCCUGCCGAGCCCGACGAGCCUUCAGUAUUCUCUCGUUGCCCGAACGGAUCGCGUUUCGCGCUCUCCACAUCCCCCGUCGCUCGCUCUGCCGAACGACAUUGGGAAGCUUUAAGACGUAGUGUCGCCAGCACUGGUGGUGACGACUCCGCCGCCGCCGAUAAUGCGGCUCGAGCUAAGAAGAGACGUAGACCGUCCGGAGAACGCAGCAGCCUGAGCAGCCCCGCUGAAAGCGCUAGCACUGAAAUACCGGAACCUCCACCUUCAGUGGAGAUGUCACCGGCACCUUCCGCGACACCUUUGCCCCCGUCUGCCGCCUCCGUAGAGCCCUUACCGCUCACGCUGCCUCUUCCACCGCAACCGCCGAUUUCUCACGCAUCAUCUGCUGACGACAUGGAAAUCAAACCUGGCAUCGCCGAAAUGAUCCGCGAGGAAGAAAGGCAAAUGUUCGGCAUUAAAACGCUGUCUUUGAUGUUCGGCUUGUUGGUAAAAGGUCUGAAAAGGGGUCGAAAUUUGUGUGAUUUCCCUCUUGUGAUAAUAAACGACGGAAAAGUCGAUAGAAACGACCGCCGUUGUCGUCCUCGGCUUGUGAGAGCGUGUAGUGUGGAUGUAGACUGUGUGCCAGACGGAGACACUGACCUGGCUUAG